UCCUUCUUCCACCUCCAGAUUUCCCUUUGCCAUUCAUUCAUUCAUUCCCCAAUCGAAAACAGAACGAAACGAAAACAUUCCGUAGGCGAUUGAUUUGUUCCCUUAUUAAUCCCCCAAAUCUCACCGCGCUAAUCCCCACCACCAAUCGGCGCAAGCUAGGGUUAGGGUUUCGACGCUGCUCCGGCCGGCCACCAAAUUCCGUCGAAUUCCACCGAUCCCGGCCUGGUACGCAGAUCAGCUCUCCACGAAUCCAUGGAUCCCAACCAGAUGAUGCCCCGGAGCUUCCCCAUGUGGCCACCGCCCCCACCCACCGCCUCCGACGCCAUGCCGCCGCCGCCCUUCCUCCCACCGCCCAACGCCAACCUCGCCCCCAACCGCGCCUGGAAGCGCAAGAACCCCAACCCCAACUCCGCCGCCUACCAGCCCCCCGCCAUCGCCGACCUGCAGGUGCAGAACCGCGCCAAGGCCCGCCGCUGGUUCAAACCCAACCCCAACAACCGCCGUCCCUUCUUCCACAAGCCCAAGGCCAAGGCGCCGCGCAACACCUCGUCCUUCAUCAUCCGCGCCAAGCGCCUGGGGGGCAUCGCGCCGCUGGUGUCCCCGGGGCCCGUGACCCCCGCCGUGCUGCCCACGCCCGUCAUCUCCCCGGCCCGCGACGAGCGGCUGCUCUCCGACGUGCUCGCGCAGCAGCAGUGGGGCGUCGACGGCUACGGCUCCAUGAAGGGCCUCAUCCGGCUCCGCCCCGCCACCCACGCCCCCGACGACGACGAGGACGAGUCCAGCGGGGGCAGCGACGUGGAGGAGCACGUCGAGGUCGAGAGGCGGCUCGACCACGACCUCAGCAGGUUCGAGAUGGUCUACCCGCAGCCGGGCGCCGUGCUUGAGGACCACGACGAGAUGUAUGACCGGAACCAGGGUGAUGACGUGGAUGUGCAUGUCGCCAGGCUGGAGGAGGAGAACCUCACGCUCAAGGAGAGGCUCUUUCUCGUGGAGCGGGAGGUGGGGGACAUGAGGCGCCGUCUCGAGGCCGUCGAGGCACGAUUCUCUCACGCUGCUGCUCUUGGUAAUGCUGCUGCUGCUGCUGUGGAGAAUGGCACUCAGCUGGGUAAUCCUAAUGCUGCAGCUGCUGCUGAUGACGCAGUUGAGCAGGUGCCUCUGCAGAAUGGCACCGAGAGGGGUGAUGCUAUUGCUGCAGCUGAUGCUGACAAUGAUGCUGUUGAGGUGCCUCUGCAGAAUGGCAGUGGGAGUGCUAGAGUUGGUGCUGUCAGCGACGCCGUUGAGGAGGCUCUGAAGAAUGACACCGAGAUGGGCGAUGCCGCCGCUGAUGCUGACAACACAUUUGAGGGUAGCACGGAGAAGGGUGAUGCAUCUGAUAGUGCAGUCAACAAGUCUCUAGAGAAUGGCACUGCAGAGCCGCAGAAGAGCGGCAAUGAGGAGGAGAGCUACAGCGCAGGUUCGGAGAAGAACGCUGAGAUUGGUGAUGCUGCAAGUGCCCAGGGCGAUGGCCAAGAGGCCUGAGGAGGCACUUGGGCUAUUAUUGGCUGGUGGAAGAAAGAUAGACAGAAGAAGUGGUGGUUAUUACUGUACAUACUUGUCGACCACGGCAGACCCAGGCCAUGCGACGGUGAUUCCCUUUUUGGAAACUGACACGUCGCGUACCAGCGGUGGUUUGUCGUGUAGACAAUGUAAUGUGUUUCCUUUCCUGGAGCUCCGGGAAACGGUUCGUCUGCCGUUUUGAGUUCCCCCCUGUUUUAGUAUAUUUCUCGCGGAGAAACCUUAUAGUGUUUAGCUGUGUUGCCCAAAGUGGUAGAUACUUUAAGAUGAUGAUGGUUUUGUUGUUAUUGUAUCUGUUCAUUGUGAUGA